AAAUUCAACUUAAAGAUGACUCUCGUUCGUAACCUGGGGACUGUCUGUACCCCCCUAGCAGGGCACCGUCGCCACACUGCUCACUGCCAAUUCCGGGGCGACUUCUGGAGGAGUUUAGAAGUGACUAAGCUGACGCGCUUUGACAGACGUUUCUUUAGCAGCCUAAGACUCCCUUUGCACCGCGUUUACGGAAAGAAGGAGGCGGGGGGUGUGAGCCAUGUCCCCCCAGGCUGGGACCAGUGGCACGCUCUGGUUGGGAACUCGCAGUAUUACAACUACAGUCUAUCGGUGAACGGCAAAGAGGAGAAGCAUGGGGAUCAGUAUGAGAAGGACUACCUGACAGAUCUCAUUGUGAACAGAUCCAUGCAGUUCAUCGACGAGAGAAGCCCGCAGCGACCGUUCUUCAUCAUGCUGGCCACCCCCGCACCUCACUCCCCUUGGCUAGCGGCCCCCCAGUACCAGAACGCCUUCAGCAACUUGAAGGCGCCGAGAGACGGGAGCUUCAACAAACCUGGAGGAAAGGACAAGCACUGGCUCUUGCGGCAGCCCACCAACCCCAUGGCCAACACCUCCAUCACCUACCUGGACAAUGCCUAUCGCAAGAGGUGGCAGACGCUGCUGUCUGUGGACGACCUGGUGGAGAAAUUGGUGAAGAAACUGGAAAAUGUGAAGGAGCUGAACAACACCUACAUGUUCUUCACCUCUGACCACGGCUACCACACCGGGCAGUUCUCCCUGCCGAUCGACAAGAGGCAGCUCUAUGAGUUUGAUAUCAGAGUUCCUCUCAUGGUCCGUGGCCCUGGCAUCAAACCCAACCAGACCCUGCAGGUGAGA